AUGGCGGCCUCCAUUGCGGCGCACAGGUUACAUAUGAGUGGAAGGGGUAAUCUCGUAAAAUGUCUCCAAAAGGUGGACACCUAUUUUCACAGAAGAGUUGGAACGACAGCUGUUCCAGCCCACGCCGACGUGCCGAUAAAGGACGAAACAAGUGAAAAAGAUGGACCUUUGUCCUUUUAUGCUGUUCAAGCCCAACGUAAAGAGCAGGCAGAAAGAUCUGUUCUCAUCAACUGCCCCCCCAAAAUCAAUGAUAAAAACAUCCUCAAGUUUUUAUCUUUACAUGGUGAUGUUAAAAAUUACUUUACUUAUGAAAGCUAUGGCAUGUAUGCAGUGGUAGAAUUUGCUUCACGAGACAGUGUCUCCUCAUUACUUGAUGUUGCCAGUGUUCCCAGCAACAACCAUGAAUCGACGGUUCCUUAUAAAUCAAGACUACUGACACUCAGAGGUCCAAAAGAAGUGACUAACCAACAGUCCAGGAAACAGAACCACCCACAGACUACUAUACCCAUUAAUGAGCUGAUUCAAAGAGUUUCCCAAGAGAAAAGUAUAGACCAACAAAUAGUGUCCUUGACUGAAGCCUACCAGCUCACUGAGGAAAACAGUCGACUGCGUUUCCUCGUCUGCUCUCUGGUCAAAGACAUUGCAAGUGCCUAUUUCCCAGAAUGCUCAGUUGAACUGUUUGGAUCAUCAGUGAAUGGCUUUGGAAAGCUGGGCUGCGAUUUGGACAUGUUUCUGGACCUAGAUGGCAUCAGUGGAAGAAAUUUAAAGAUGCCAAAAUCCAGUUUGGCAGUCGAGUACCAGAUGAAGCAGGCCGCUUCUGAGCGCAGUGCCACACAAAGCAUCCUGUCUGUCAUUGGCGGAUGUGUGGAUGAGUUUGGACCUGGCUGUGUUGGUGUACAGAAGAUCCUGAAUGCCCGAUGCCCCCUGGUCCGUUUUGCUCAUCAGCCUUCUGGUUUCCAGUGUGACCUCACUGCCAACAACAGGGUGGCGAUGAAGAGCUCGGAGCUACUUUACCUUUAUAGUCAACUGGACCCUCGAGUACGUCACCUGGUGUUCACUGUACGCUGUUGGGCCCGAGCACAUGGAGUGACCAGUAGCAUACCUGGGGCCUGGAUCACCAACUUCUCUCUCACCGUCAUGGUGCUGUUCUUUCUGCAACAGAGAAGCCCGCCUAUCAUCCCUACUCUGGACCACCUACGAGAACUCGCAGGUCCCGCAGACAAGAGCGUGAUCGAGGGGAAUGAUUGCACAUUUGUCAGCGACUUCGACAGGAUCCAACUCUCGGGCAACACAGAAACACUCGAGAAACUGCUUUGUGAAUUCUUCGAGUUUUAUGCCUCCUUUUCAUUCAAGCAGAAGUCCAUAAAUAUCAGAAAGGGCAAAGAGCAGAACAAGCCUGAGGCUGCCCCGUUGCACAUCCAGAACCCGUUUGAAACAGCCCUGAACGUCAGCAAGAACGUCAACGGCACACAACUACAACGAUUUGUGGCUUUGUGUCAGGAGAGUACCUGGCUGCUUCAACAGAGCGAUACCAUCACACCCAAAGGGGGCUACACGGUCACGGCUUGGGGACUAGCAACUCUUCUGCUCCCUUCGCAGAUUGCAGCGGUCAAAAGUGGAAAGAAGAUGAAAAGGGAGCCUGCUAGCGAGAGGAUCAAGAGCUUGUUAGAAUCCCUGAAAAAUAAAAAACAACCAAGGACCUAA